GGGGGACCCCGGAGCCCCCCGAGCCCCCCCGGGACCCCCCGGGACCCCCGGGACCCCCCCGGGACCCCCGCCCCCGCCAUGGUCUGCGGAGGCUUCGCCUGCUCGCGCAACGCGCUCUGCGCUCUCAACGUGGUCUAUGUGCUGGUGGGGGUGCUGCUGGUGGGGGUCGCGGGCUGGGCGCGGGGCCUGGGCAUGGGCUCCAGCCCCCCCCUGCUCGGAGGAGCCUUCGCCGUCGGCGUCUUCCUCCUGCUGAUCGCGGGGCUGGGGCUGCUCGGGGCCCUGCGGCACCACCAGGUCCUGCUCUUCUUCUACGUGCUGAUCCUGGGCCUGGUGUUCCUGUGCCAGCUCGGCGUGUCCUGCGCCUGCCUCGCCCUGGGCCGGGAGGCUCAGGUGGGAGCGGCUGCUGCGCUCGGCCUGGCCCCUGCUGAGUGGGGGGGGCGCGGGGGGAGCUGCAGCGCAGGCUGGGCUGCUGUGGUUUGGGGGAGCCCCCCGGGACCCCCCCUCCUGCCAGCCCUGCCCCCCGGGAGCCCCCCCGGGCUGAAGCCCCCCUGGGAGCCCCCGAACUGCCCCGCUAGGUGCCAGUUCCCCCCGGGGGGAGUCCCCCCGUGCCCCCCCUGCGCCCCCCAACUGCUGCAGCACUCGGACCAGGCCCUCAAGAUUUUGGGGGGGGUCGGGCUGUUCUUCAGCUUCACCGAGGUUUUGGGGGUCUGGCUCGCCCUCCGCUUCCGGAACCAGCGGGACCCCCGCGCCAACCCCGGCGCCUUCCUAUAGUGGGGGGGUCCGGGGGGGGCCACAGCUCCUCUGGGGAGGGGUCACAGCCUGGGGGGGGGUCCAGAAACCCCCAAAUGCUGAUCAGCUGCCCCCUGCAGCCGCAUGAAGCACUGGGGACACAAACACACCCCCAAAAUCAUGGGGUGACCCCCCCGGCAGGGCUGUGACCCUCCCCCAGCAAAAGGGGCCUGGGGCAGAGUCCCCCCCCCGCCCCAUCUCAGUCUGAGCUCUCCCAAACUGGUUUGUACUGGUCAUUUCGGACACCCCCAGCCCCCCCAUGGUGUGUCCCCCCCCGGGGGGGUCAUGGUCACCCCCACACUGGCGGAGGGACACAUGGGGCAGGACCCCCACCACAGUGACCCCUCCCCCACACGCUCCCCCCUGUGGGCAUUGGGGGCUGGGGGGGCUGAGGGGGGGUCGCCCUCUCCCCAAAUCCAGCAGAGCCCCCCCCAUCCCAACACCCCUAAACUGGUUUGUACUGGUUUACACCAUGACUGGGAGCAGUGACCCCCCCCCCCAGUGUGUGUCCCCCCCACCCCACAGACCCGCUGGGGGAGGGGAGCAGGGGGACACCCCCUCCCCCCAAUAAACACACAACAGUGACCACGGCUUGGGCUCGUUCUGGGGGGUCCCCAGAGCAGUGACCCCCCCCGGCCACCCCCAGUGCCACGGGACACACGAGCUGGGGGGGGCACUGCCCA